AUGCAUUGGGCUAGGGUUAUCGCCAACCGCAAGUGGACCGAUGUCUGCGACCCCUUCAAUUUCCCGCCCAGCUUCACUUCCAAGAGCUUCACGGUCCGGAAGAUCUACAGCCAGUUCCUGCACCACUUUGAGCAGGUGUACUACCACCGCAGUGCCGGUCAGCCGCUGGCGGACCCUCCAACGCCGCCGCCGCAGCAGGGCGGCAAGGGCGGGGCCGCGGGCGCGGGCGCGGCGGGCGCGGCGGCGGCGGCGGCGCAGCAGGAGGAGCAGCAGGAGGAUGCGCGGCAGAUGUCAUCAGAGCUGGAGAUGAGGCCGAACGACUCAGCAGUGGACGCCCUGGGGCCGCCGCAGGCCGACCAGGCGCGUGGCGACGCGCCGCCCGCCAAGCGCGCGCGCCGCGAGCCGCCGGCGCUCGCUGCGGCCUCGCAGUCCCCAGAUGCCUCGGCGGCCGCCACGCCGCUGGCCGGCGGCGGCGCGGCAGCGGCGUUCGCGGUUGCGGUCACUAGUGACGCAGGGGCGGAUGGCGAGGCCGAGGUGGAAGCCGGGACUGUGCUGGCGCUCGGCAUUCCUGUUGGGAACGGCGGCGGCGGCGGCGGCGGCGGCGACGGCGGCGGCAUUGGCGUCGGCAGUGCCGGCGGCGGCGGCGGCAGCGGCAGUGGCGGCGGUGGAGGGGAUCGCACGGGCCCGGUUGCUGUGGGCGGGCUGGAGCCCCGGCGGCGCUCCCGCCGGCGGCGGCCGCGCCGCUGA